AUGAACCGCGAUGAUCCAAUGAGAAGUGAGCAUUUGGACAAAUGGCUGGUUCUCGACGAAGUGCUUCCCAUCCUAUCCAACGUUCCGUCGAAAGAACCGGCGAUUAUAAUGGCAUCCAUUGCCAUUUAUAAGCUGGCGAUGAAUAGCAACAAAUUAGGUCUCACUAAAGAAGUGAUUGCUACGAAAGUUGUGCCACAUUUAGUGCCGCUUUCCAUUGAAAAUGGCUUAACAUUACAACAGUUUCAAACGAUUAUGUCAUUAGUGCGGGAGAUGUUAUGUAAGAUAGAGGACGAACAACAAGUAAAGUUAGAGCAAUUGAAUUCAAUCAAAUCGCAACAACAGUCACUAUUCAAUAGCACACAACAAAAGUCUCCCACUUUUGACAACUUAUCGCAACUAACAAACAGUGCCAACAGUUUUAGUCCUGUUCUCAGCGGCGCUAAUAAUAGCACCGCAUCUGCGCUCACACUGGAAGACAAGGAACGACUCGCCAAACAGAGCGAACAAAACGAGCGAUUGAAGGCU